UCUAUGUAUUUUGUUUACAAAUAACACGUAAAUGUGUCCAAUUUAUUUGAAUUGAAUAAUUCUUUAAAUUGAUAUAUUGAGUAAUUCCUUCAAAUUGAUAUCUUGAAGACGUAUUCCAUAAUAAAAUACAAAUCCUCAUAUUCCAAUUGAAGUUCCUGAUUUGGCACAAAUGCGAGUAAGACGUUACAUCUUUCCUAAAUCAAUUCAGGAUGCAGCUAUCACAUCAUUUUUGAUGAUUAUCAUACCUUUUAUAUAUUACUUCGAAAUUUUCAUAGUGUUGCCACAUUUUUACGAAUUAUGGGGUCCAGAAUUCAUUUUUCAUUUAUGCACAGGAACUUUUAUACUUUGGAAUCUGUGUUCCAACUUAAUGGCAAUCAUUUUAUGUGACUCAAGUAUCAAAGGUAUUAUAUUACCUUCGGACUCUAGUGAUGAUUGGAAAUUUUGUGCAGUUUGUGAAAGCAUCACACCUCCAAGAUCUUGGCAUUGUGAAGUAUGCAAUGUUUGUAUUCUGAAGCGUGAUCAUCAUUGCAAAUUUACGAGCUGUUGCAUUGGGCAUUUCAAUCAUCGAUAUUUUUACGUAUUUGUACUAUAUAUGUUUAUAGCAACUUUGUACGCCUCCAUUUAUAAUUUUUAUUUCAUAUAUGAUGUAGUGCAUUUUGAUACAUUGGGUUCAUUGUUGAAGGUCAUAUUUCCAAUAGCAGCCCUUUUCGUAUUUUUUACCUAUAAGGAAUUAUAUCUGGCUGCUGCAUUAUUGACUGUAUUUGGAGCAAUGUUCACAGGUGUUCUUUUGAUUUUUCAUAGUAAAUUGAUAUUGAGAAAUAAGACUACACAUGAAAAAUAUUAUUCUAAAUACAAUCGUGGCAAAUUUGAAAAUAUGAAAGAUGUUUUUGGUGAAAAAUGGUAUUUGGUAUGGUUAUCUCCUUUAAUUGAAAGCAAACUUCCACAGAAUGGUGUUUAUUGGAUCACCAAAGAAACGCAGAAGAAUAAAUAAUUUCAGGUAUUAAUUCCAUGUGAAAUUUUUUUUUAUUCCUACAGUAUUUUAAUUUUUUUUUAAUUAAUGAAAGUAAUUAUAUCCAUCAAAAAUGAUUCCUUACCGCACAUAAUGAGUAUUGUUAAAAUAAUAAU